ACCUUUUGUCGUUGUUCGGCAGCUGCAAACUGGAAAGUCCCUGACAGCCAGGGAGGUUUCAGACAGGAAAACCACAGCCAGGUUUGUCGUUGUAAAUGAGGGAGACUCUUAUUUUCUUCGCCUCUCUACCUCCGCGGACAGUAAAUUCUGCAAGGUUGUUUCAGUCGUGAUUUUUUUUAGGCUAACCGAUGCUUCCUUGCGAGUGCUAGCUCUUUGUGCAAGCUAGUUCUUUGUGUGGCUAGCUGCUAGCCGAGGGAUGUUUUGUUGUUGUUGAACUGAGCAGCCCUCCCGUCGUCUGGGAGAGGAGAUUCAUCAGCUGUGCAUGGAGAAACGCCUUCUCGACGUCUCCUCGUCUGCUGCUGACAUUUUAUGUGCGAGUGGCCCGUGAGAAUCCCGCUGUUCAACGUUUAGUGAAGCGACACCGAGAGAGGGGAGAGUUUGACCGACGAGGAAGGAGAUGGGAAACUGUCUGAAAUCUCCCACCUCGGAUGACAUUUCUUUGCUUCAUGAAUCUCAGUCGGACCGGGCCAGCUACGGAGACGGUGUUGACCCCGACCUGGAGCCACCGCCCCCCUAUCAGGAGCAGAUCCACGUGCCUGUCUACCACCCAACACCGAGCCAAGCCCGACUGGCCACUCAGCUGACAGAGGAGGAGCAGGUUCGCAUCGCCCAGCGAAUCGGACUCAUCCAGCACCUCCCAAAGGGCGUAUACGACCCAGGGCGGGAUGGCUCUGAGAAGAAGAUCAGAGAGUGCGUCAUCUGUAUGAUGGACUUUGUGUAUGGAGACCCCAUCCGGUUCCUACCCUGCAUGCACAUCUACCACAUGGAUUGUAUAGACGACUGGCUAAUGAGAUCCUUCACCUGCCCCUCCUGCAUGGAGCCUGUGGACGCCGCGCUGCUUUCCUCCUACGAGACCAACUGACACAUACACACAGACAUAUGCCCACGGACACCUGUGGACCAGACUGGACACACACAUACAAUAUGCACACAAAUGGACAAACACACAACUCCCAUCUUGCUAACCUGUAUCCUGGAUUAGUAAGAUGCUGCUGUAAAACUGUGACAGUGUAAAAGAUUUAGGAUGAACUCUUUUUGUGUCUGUGUGUGUGUGUGAGCAUGCAUGUGUGUGUAUGUGUGUGCACACAAGUUCCCCAGUUGGCCUGCUGGACAGGAUUGGAGGAAUGAACAGAGCGUUGGCGUUAGGGACAAGCUGGAAGGAGCUGGAUCGAGCUGGAUCGAGAAGAGGAGUAAAAGGCGGGAGCUGGCGAUGGGAGAUGAGAGGAUGCCAGUGCAAAAGGAAGUCGAGGGGGAUGGGGAUGGAUGACGGUUAACUCUUAUGAUUAAGAAAUCUUUCCAAGAUCCGCUUUUAUACACACACACAGCUGUGCCCUGUCACACCCUUCCUUUAUUUACUUAACUCCAUAAUUGAAAUGAACAGAAUACAGGAGGAAGGACAUCUGACCACCAACAUUAGGCUGCAGAUUGUGUUAAAGCCUGAUUACUAUAAUGUCGCACAGCAAGACAAGAGGAGAAACGCCCUUCAGAAGAUCUGCCAGAUGCUUUGAUGUGUCUCCACACUGACGUCUGUUGCAGACUGCAGAGUCACAUCCGCGACAAAAACUGCUACAGAUGCAAAAAUGUGAUUUAAAGACUGCUAGAGCUGGACAUGAGACUUAAGACUAUGAACAUUAGAUGUAUUCUGCAGACACACCACAGGCCUCCACUGGUCCACGGCACCUGGGCCUGGAGUUGUCUGUCUGUAUAGAUCUUUUAUGAGAAAAAUGAGUUUGGUCGGUG